GCUCGGGCGUGAGGGCCGCGGUCUCCGCCUUGGGACCCCGCGUCCGGGCCGCCGCGUCCGCCCGCCGUCGCCGCAGGCCCGCCGCGGGCCCCGAAGCGCUCGAGGCGAGAGAGCUGAAGGCUUCAGGGGAACCCUGACUUAGGGACAUCUCCAUGGCUUUGGGAGAAGAAAAGGCAGAGGUGGAGGCGUCCGCAGACACAAAGACCCCGUCCUAUGGGCAGUGGAGCUGCAGGGAGCAGGAGGUGGACACCCCGGGCCUUGUGAGCGGGGAGCAGGAGCAGCCACCAUGCCUGGAAGCUGCGGGCGGGGCUGCCUCCCCUGUGUGGGGAGCGGAGGGACUGUGUGCCCCUGCCUGCGGUGAUGGAGCUGGCUCCAGCCCCUCCGGAGCCUACCAGCCACAGGCCAGCAGCACCAGCAGGGAGCCAGUAGCUGGUAUAUCUAAGCUUGCUCUUGGUUGCCUGCUUCCUCCGGCUGGCACUGGCACUAGAGACCUUUUGCACUCUGUGGGAAGCCAGGUGGAGGAGACGAGGCUUUCUGCCUCAGAGGAACUACCUCAGACUCCGAGCGUUGCCAGAGCUGCAGGCCUUCACUCAGGAUACGAUGCCCACAGCGAGGAUGAGCCAUCCCCUGUGGAGUGGCCGCGGGCGCCGGACCUCAGCCAGCAGCCCCACAGCCCAGGUGUCCCUUGCCUGCCACAGUGGAGGCCGCUGGGGAGCCGAGCCUCCUCCCCAGGCAGCAGUCUCCAGGGUCACCGGGAAGAGGCUGGACCUCCACGUUGCUCCGCUGCCAAGGUCUCGUCCUCUCUGGAGCUGGUCGGCCGCCACUCGGCCUCCAACGUGGCGGGGCAGGGGCCACGGCUCCAGUGGCCACCACAGCCUGCGUCGUCUGGGGUGGAUGCUCCUGGGCUGGGCAGGAGGCGCCUCUCCUUCCAGGCCGAGUACUGGGCCUGUGUGCUGCCAGACUCCCUGCCUCCUUCCCCCGACCGCCACUCCCCGCUCUGGAACCCAAAUAAAGAGUAUGAAGAUCUGCUGGACUACACUUACCCACUCAGGCCCGGGCCUCAACUCCCAAAGCACCUGGACAGCCACACACUGGCCGACCCUCUCCUGCAGGACUCAGGUGUAGACCUUGAUAGCUUUUCUGUCUCCCCGGCAAGUACCCUGAAGUCACCCACUAAUGGCUCCCAGAAUUGCCCAUCCGCAGAGGCCUCCGCUCUGCCCUUCUCUAGGCUCAGAGAGCAGAGCCUCACACGGCGGCCCUCUGGAACACCGCAGAAGCAGAGCCACGUGGGGUCGGCCUCUUGUAACCUGCUCGCGUCCACCCCCAGAGCCCCGGGCAGUAGGGAUGCUCCUUGGGAGAGUGGAGAGCCAGCCCUGAGGGCUGUGAAGGACUGGCUCCCUGUGGGCAGGCAGCGUGAGCUGAGGACGUGGGACAGAGGCUGGCCCUUGCCCUGGACGGAGAGAGAGAAGGGGGCUGGCCCGGGGGUCUGGCCGCCUGCCCACGCGGAGUCCGGAUGGAAAUCCGAAGAGGAGCUAGAAAGCGACGAUGAGUAUCUUGCCCUGCCCACUCGGCUGACGCAGGUUUCUAGUUUAGUCUCCCAUCGAGGCUCUGUCCCCCCGUCGGUGACCCUGCCCACCGGGGCUGCUGAAGGGCGCACCUCCCUGGACGCGUCGGACAGUGAUGGGCCGGCCUCCCUCCCGUCGGAUGCGGGUCGUGGCCGGCUUCUGCCUGGGGCUGCCCGCAGAGCGCCCGGGGGCCCCGGGGGCCCCGACCACCGUUUGCUGCGCUCCUUCAUCUGCACAAGGGGCUCGGCCAGGGAAGGUGGUCUGGGGGGCAGCCGGGCCCUGGGGGGCUCCUGCGGGCCACUGAGAGCGCGCUCCUCCUUGCCGGCCGUGUGGGACCCAGACACCGCGGGGCAGCCUCCCGGGAGGGGAGAGCAGGGAAGAGAAUCACUCGUGCAGUGCGUGAAGACCUUCUGCUGUCAGCUGGAGGAGCUGAUCCGCUGGCUGCGUAACGUGGCGGACGUUACCGACCACCUGAUCCCACCCAAGUCCAGUCUUACAGGUCUCAAGUCUUCUCUGCAGCUUUACCGGCAAUUUAAGAAAGAUCUAGAUGAACACCAGUCCCUGACGGAGAGCGUUGUGCAGAAAGGGGAGAUUCUUCUUCAGUGCCUGUUGGAGAACACCCCAGUGCUGAAGGAUGUCCUCGGGAGAAUCUCGAAGCAGCCCAGUGAGCUGGAGGGCCACGCAGACCGCCUGUACGACGCCAUCCUAGCCUCUCUGGACAUGCUGGCUGGCUGCACCCUCAUGCCUGACGACUCGCCAGCAGCACGUGGGAGCCCAGAUGUGAGAGGGCUAAGCCUGGCAUCUUCUCAAGCAGAGAUGUAAUCUGUCGACUAAAACCUGGCUGGUGGGAAACUUCCAGGAAGCCCUUGUAAGAACCAUUUAACACUGAAGUGAAGGGGAAACUGAACUCUAAUGUACUAGCUUUAAAAAUGCCUUUCUCUCCCUGAAGUAAGGGCUACUGAGUUACUGUUUAAGAUGAAUCCUUCCAAACUGAGGUUUCCUUUUGGUGCUUCUCUACAAAAGCAUGUAGUUUUGCAGUUUUUGAUAAAAUGAGGCUAAUAAGGCUUACAGAUCUUUCAUUCCCCUGUAUCCAAUUAAAAAGAACAGGGCUCCUGAAAUAGUCCACGUGCUGAGAUCAUUUGAAGAAGGUUCACGUGAUAGAAGGCACCAGAUACUUGGUAUUCUCAGGCAUACCGGAAGACCCAAGAGGCUGGGAAAAAUGAGUCACUGGCCAGGCACUUGGGUCUUUUUUAUAAAAUUAAGCUUAGGUUUAUAAAUCCCUCUUGAAGAUUUUAGAGGAGACUUUAAAUCUCCAAAUUAAUAGAAAGUUCUGAACAAAUUUAUUCUGGGCUGUUAAGACACCCUUUAAGGUUUCUUCAGGGCUUAGUGGGGCACCAUCUGCCUGCCUAAACGGAAAUGUGUCCAAGACUUAGGGAACUGCCACUGAGCUUCUACAGGACCAUGGCCUGAUCCCCCACACCUCCGGGGUACCUCCCAGAGGACGCAUCGCUCCAUUCCUACUCUCCCUUGGAAGAGUGGCUCAAGAUCAGGGAAGAGAAGGGCACCAAUAGGACCACACAGCCUGGUUAACUACGGAAACUAAGGCUGCCAGAAGUGAAAGAAAAAGGGGAAAUUCUUCACUGCUUGAGAGUGACCUGUACCUUGAUGGGAAAAAAAUCCGUGGAUCAAUCAUUUAAAGCAUUAGUUCUGUAGCUUUCUAACGCAGAACGAUCAGCUGUUGCUGUGGAGUCUGCAAAAAAAAAAAAAAAAAAACCUUUAAAAAUUUCUCUUGUGCCAUGAAUGAAGAUGGAAGCAGGAAAGCACAUUUUCCCCCCACGUAUUUCUAGUAUUACAGCGGGUGAAGAUGUCAGGAAAGGAUUCUUCACACUGAAAUAUAUGUGAGAUAAGCACUUAAAGAUCUUUUUUUUCAAACUGCUUCCAGAUUCUCACUUGAGGAGAGUUCUUAAAGGAAGAUUCUCAUGUUUAUAAUGAAAAAUGAACAAGUCAUCUUGAACCUAACGGUGACAUUAGAACGAUUAUUCUCAUAUAAUAAUGAGACCUUUGACCUUCCCUCAGAACAAAAUAUUUAAUAAUGGCAACUUACCUUCUUUAAAAGACUUAAAAGGACUUUAGUUCUGGGGCCACAUAAUCAUAACACUAUGUCAUCUAACCUCCAUAUGAACCUAAAGUCCUAUUACUGUGACUUUUCUGGUUUAAAAUCUCUGACUUUAUUGCCACUGGGAAAGCAGCUGUUAAAUUCUAAUACUAUUUAAAGACUCACUACAGAAGUAAACUAUAUAAAAUGCACUGUAUUUCAAGUGCCUGCUGCUAUGGUAGGAUUUACCAAUGAGCAAGGGCACGAUCAGAAUUAAACUAUAUCAUGACUCUGCUAGCUCCAUGUUAAUUUUGGUUCCACAGUGAGAUUUAAAAAGACAGGACAAAACACCUCCAGAGUGAAUAAUUAUAUUGGUAAAACAUUCUUAAAAACCUACAAAUGCUUUAAAAAGGCAGGUAUGUCUAAUGGUCUCUUAAAUUGAUCUUUUUCACUUCUCUUGGACGGGGCUAUAAAUCGGUACAUGCCUUUCUACUCCGUGUUACAGGAUAGCCCCGAGGCUUUAAACUCAUGAAUUUGCUAGUAUCUGAUAGACAUGUUUCUGGUAGUUCACACAAAAAUGAUAACAACAACAAAAAAAAAAACUCGAAGAUAACUGUAGGGAAACAAAGUUGGCCAAUGUUACAGCAAGUGAACGCUGACCACGCCAUCCUGUUCCCAUCCAACCUAACAGCUACCAGCUUCAGCAGACAGGACAGUAUUUCACUUCAGAGUACCCUGAUUCCCGAGGAAGUAUUACUUUAUUCAGAGAUGACCUAGAAUAUUUUUGUUCAUCUCCUUUGAAAUAAAGUGUGACUCUGAAGGUACUCUGCACCCAGCUGUGCCACGGAAGGGUUCUCAGCACAGCGUUAAGUCUACGUGCAGCGGGGCCGUAGGAAGUUUAAGGCUGUCCCUCAAACUCCAGCUGGAGUGGUUUCAGCCUAGGAAGACGCUGCCAGCGGCACGUCCAUGAGCGGACACGGCUGGGUUGGGGCAGACGGCAGUGGCUCACGCUGACAGAACAGUAGUUUUAAGAGCCCGAGUUUACCUGUAGUAACGUCUCCUAGCAGUCCCUGUCAGUAAACAGAUUCGAGUCCACAGGGAAGGGGUAGCACCAAGUAAGACCUGGGUUCAUGUUGCAACUCCACGAAUAGGCAACGCUGGCAAUACAGAACUGUUUAGGAGCUUAAACGGGAACAUCAAGAAUGUAUGAUGUAAACUAUGCUGCAGUGGCAACAUGUAUGCUAGAGACUUCAGUCCACGGUAGAAGAACAGGAAGUUCCUGCUCAGGCCAGAAUGGCUAUCAUUCUACAAGAGUUUCCCAGAGACCGCAACCACUCGGGCUUAGAACACCCCACUUAGGUAAGCUAAUUCAUGGCAGCCACUGACAUUAAAAUGACAAGUGGGAAUUCCCCUUAUUAAAUGAGCGAAUUGUUAAAGCCCAUAGUACCUUGAGGUGUUUGUACUUGAAAAUGGGAGUAGAAAUGGGAAUAUAUUUGUUUUUGAACUGCAUUUAUUGUCAUAUGCAUAAAAGCAAAUAGUGAAGCAUGCUGAAACAUCUUGUGGUAAGCCCCAGUCUUGACUGCCAUGGGGGAAAGAACACUAGAUUUUUCAAGACUACAUAAGUAUGUAAAUAUGCUUAUAUCUUAAAUUCAUGUAAUGUUUCUUGUUAACUCACCAAUAAGCUGCCAGUUUGAACAACUUGCUGUAUGAAACUGAAGUGCACAGCAUCAUGCUAACAUUUGUAGCAUUCGUCUACUUUAGAAGAUAGUUUCUGAGUCCUUUCCCCCUCUAUACUGCAUCAUUAAGGGAAAAACCAAAACUUCAAAACAUUAAAAAAAAAAUCUUCACCCAAAUAACUAUUGGUAACUUGAGGGAUUUUUUUUCAGUUGCCUUAUGCGAGGAUGAAUAGAUCCAACAAGCACAUCUAUAAUACAAAGUAAACUAUGAUUUUAUUGUGAAAUUCUCAUAGAUGGAAAAUUAAAUUGAAUAUUUAUUCUGUCCAUUUCAUUUUACAAUAAUCUUACCACUUAUUUUUGUACCAUGUAUUUCAAUUGCCUGUUUAGUGAAAAUAAAGAAACCUAUCAUUU